CCGCUCGUCUCUACUCGUCAGUCAACAUGUUGCUCACUGCUUCUCUCGCUCUUGCACUCGCUGUCCCUGCCUUGGGACGCACAUUCACGGUGUACAACGGAUGCCCAUUCACAAUCUGGCCGGCGAUGUUCACCCAAAACCCGGCUAACGCGCCCUCCUACACCACCGGGUGGGCCGCAGAUGCCUAUACCGCCGUAUCGUUCUACGUCCCAGACGAUUGGCAAGCAGGUCGUAUCUGGGCCCGGAGGGACUGUACGUUCGACGGCUCUGGGUCUCCUAAUACCUGCUUGGAUGGGGGUUGCAAUGGAGGGCUAGUGUGCGACCCCUACGCCGGCACGGGCGUGCCCCCCGCCACGCUCGCAGAGUUCACGCUCUCCCCUACCGGGUUAGACAACUACGACGUCUCCCUCGUGGACGGGUACAACCUCCCCAUGAGCAUCACGAACAACGUCGGCUGCCCCCAGCCCGCUUGUGCAGUGGAUCUCGGACCUGGAUGCCCAGCCCCCUAUCAAGGGCCAUACGACAGCACUGGCUUCCCCGUCGGCUGCAAGUCGGCAUGCGACGUCGAUCCUGACCCUAGUAACUCCCCCGCCUGCUGCUCGGGACAAUACGACACUCCGGAGACGUGCCCCAGUUCGGGGGACCCGACGUACAGCUACUUUAAGACGAACUGCCCGAAUACGUAUGCGUACGCGUUUGAUGAGAGCUCGGGGACGGCGUUGUGGAGUUGUCCGGGGACGAGCGCGGCGGAUUAUACGAUCACUUUCUGCCCGCCAGCGUAA